GAGGCCUCUAUCAUUCUCUAUGGACGAGACAGACUUUGCAGCAGUCACAUUAAUAGGGACAUAAUUACUUCCACGUAAUGGUAGAGAUCAUCUUUGAUCACAUAAUCACACAGCCUGGAUGUUUUGUGUAACGGACACAAGACCUGCCUGUAAAAGGAAAUAUUUAUGGUUUGGGAAGGGUUUACGGGAAUAGCGAGCUAGCCACCUUGCUGGCUACUUUGUAUGACAUUUGGCAAGGAUGCUACUACGGUGGAUACGGCAACAGCUGGGCUUUGACCCUCCCCAUCAAAGUGAUACCAGAACGGUUUACAUCGCAAACCGCUUCCCUCAACAUGGCCAUUAUGUCCCUCAGCGGUUUGCAGACAACAGAAUCAUAUCAUCCAAGUACACCGUUUGGAAUUUUGUUCCCAAGAAUCUGUUUGAACAGUUCAGAAGAAUAGCCAAUUUUUAUUUUCUCAUCAUAUUCCUGGUCCAGCUAAUGAUAGAUACCCCCACUUCCCCUGUCACCAGCGGACUUCCUCUGUUCUUUGUCAUCACAGUAACUGCCAUCAAACAGGGCUAUGAGGACUGGCUGAGGCACAAGGCGGACAACGAGGUGAACGGGGCGCCUGUGUUUGUGGUUCGCAGUGGCAGCCUUGUGCAGACUCGCUCAAAGAACAUACGAGUGGGGGAUAUAGUCCGGGUGGCCAAAGAUGAGACAUUCCCAGUGGACUUGGUCCUCUUAUCAUCGGACCGAGCCGAGGGGACGUGUCACAUCACCACAACCAGCCUGGACGGAGAGACUAAUCUGAAGACUCAUUACUCUGUGCCAGAGACAUUGGUGUCUCAGUCGGUGUCCAGGCUAGAGGCCCUACAUGCUGUGGUGGAGUGUCAGCAGCCAGAUGCAGAUCUUUAUAGGUUUGUUGGGCGAAUAACAGUAACACAACAAGAAGAAGAGAUUGUAAGACCCCUUGGACCUGAAAACCUGCUGCUUCGAGGAGCAAGAUUGAAAAAUACCAAAGAAAUAUUUGGUGUAGCAGUUUACACUGGGAUGGAGUCUAAGAUGGCCCUGAACUACAAGUGCAAAUCCCAGAAGCGCUCUGCAGUGGAGAAGUCUAUGAAUACCUUUCUGCUCAUCUACCUGGGCAUCCUGCUGUUUGAGGCCAUCCUCAGCACCAUCCUGAAGUACGCCUGGCAGGCUGAGAACAAGUGGGACGAGCCCUUCUACAACCAGCAGACAGAGCAGGAGAGGAACAGCAGCCAGAUCCUGAAGUUCAUCUCUGAUUUCCUGGCGUUUCUGGUCCUGUACAACUUUAUCAUCCCCAUCUCACUCUACGUCACUGUGGAGAUGCAGAAAUUCCUGGGCUCGUUUUUCAUUGGCUGGGACUUGGACCUCUAUCAUGAGGAGAGCGACCAGAUGGCUCAGGUCAACACUUCUGAUCUCAACGAGGAGCUGGGACAGGUGGAAUACGUGUUUACGGAUAAAACCGGCACCCUGACGGAGAAUGAGAUGCUGUUCCGUGAAUGUUCAAUCAAUGGUAUCAAAUACCAGGAAAUCAAUGGAAAGCUUAUACACGAGGGGAUGAUGGAUGACUCGCCUGACGGACCUGUGCCUCCUCUAAGUCGGGAGGAGUUGCUGUUCCUGAAGGCAGUAUCGCUGUGUCACACAGUGCAGAUCAGCUACGAGCAGCCAGGCGACGGCCCGGGGAACCCCUUCUCCCACGCUAAUGGCUUCUCCUCCCAGAUGGAAUACUAUGCCUCCUCGCCGGAUGAGAAAGCACUGGUGGAAGCCACUAAAAGGAUGGGGGUAACCUUUAUCGGUAGCCAUGGAGAAGUUAUGGAAAUAAAAAUAUUUGGAAAGUCAGAAAAGUAUAAACUACUCCAUGUACUAGAGUUUGAUGCAACCCGAAGGAGAAUGAGUGUCAUAUUACAGACACCCUCAGGGGGAAAAGUACUAUUUACAAAGGGAGCUGAGUCCGCCAUUCUUCCCUUUACUAAAAGUGGAGAAAUUGACAAAACAAGAGUACAUGUAGAUGAAUUUGCCUUGAAGGGCUUGCGGACGUUGGUGGUGGCCUGCAGACACUUCAAUGUGGAGGAGUAUGAGGAGGUGGACCAGCGGCUCCACGAGGCCCGCGCGGCCCUGCAGCAGAGAGAGGAGAGGCUGGCCGAGGUCUUCAGCUUCAUAGAAAAGGACCUGGAGCUGUUGGGAGCGACCGGGGUGGAGGACAAGCUGCAGGAGAAGGUCCAGGAGACCAUUGAGGCGCUGCGCCUGGCUGGGAUCAAGGUGUGGGUGCUGACCGGGGACAAGCACGAGACGGCGGUCAGUGUCAGCCUGUCCUGCGGCCACUUCCACCGCACCAUGAACAUCCUGGAGCUGGUGCAGCAGAAGUCUGACAACGAGUGUGCCGAGCAGCUCCGACAACUGGCCAGGAGGAUAAGAGAGGACCAUGUGGUCCAGCAUGGCCUGGUGGUGGACGGGGCCAGUCUGUCUCUGGCACUGCGGGGGCACGAGAAGCUCUUCAUGGAGGUGUGCAAGAACUGCUCUGCCGUGCUGUGCUGCCGCAUGGCGCCUCUGCAGAAGGCCAAGGUGGUGAGAUUGCUGAAAACGUCUCCAGAGAAACCCAUCACUUUAGCCAUUGGGGAUGGAGCCAAUGAUGUCAGCAUGAUUCAAGAGGCCCAUGUUGGCAUAGGUAUCAUGGGCAAGGAGGGAAGACAAGCAGUACGAAACAGUGACUAUGCAAUAGCAAGGUUUAGAUUCCUUUCCAAGUUACUGCUCGUCCAUGGCCACUUCUACUACAUUAGAAUUGCAACCCUUGUACAGUACUUUUUUUACAAGAAUGUGUGCUUUAUUACGCCCCAGUUUUUAUACCAGUUCUUCUGUCUGUUUUCACAACAAACUCUGUAUGACAGCGUUUACCUGACACUCUACAACAUCUGUUUCACCUCCCUGCCCAUACUGGUGUACAGCCUGUUUGAGCAACAGGUCCAUCCACACAUGCUGCAGAGUAAGCCAGUGCUCUACAGAGACAUCAGCAAGAAUUCCCUCCUCUCCUUCAAGACCUUUUUGUACUGGACACUGCUGGGCUUCUGCCAUGCCUUUGUCUUCUUCUUUGGUUCCUACAUCCUGAUGGGGGAGGACACGUCUCUCAUGGGGAAUGGGCAGAUGUUUGGAAACUGGACCUUUGGCACUUUGGUAUUCACAGUAAUGGUUAUCACUGUUACAUUGAAGCUGGCCUUGGAGACCCACUUCUGGACGUGGAUGAAUCACUUUGUUACCUGGGGCUCCAUCGCUUUCUACUUCAUCUUCUCCCUGUUUUAUGGGGGAAUCAUCUGGCCUUUCCUCCACACCCAGGACAUGUACUUUGUCUUUGUCCAGCUGCUCUCCAGCGGCUCUGCCUGGUUCGCCAUCAUCAUCAUCCUCAUCGCCUGCCUUUUCCCCGACAUCAUCAAGAAGGUGAUCUAUAGGCACCUCCAGCCCACCAGCACCCAGAAGUCUCAGCUUAUUGAGACUAACUACCAGGGCAUCGGCUGCGUGGACUCCAUGUGUUGCUACUCAGAGGGGCAGAACGGGUGCGCCCGGCUGGGCCGGAUGGUGGCGCAAGUGAUGGGCUGCUGCAACCCUGCCUACGCCAACAGGUGUGAACCCACCCUCUGUAGCCUCUGUUGCUGCAGGCGCAUCUCCUACAAGCUGGAGCAGGAUGAGCCCACUGCUCCCCAGGAGUAGUGAAGGCCUAGCCUAGUAGAGAGAGAGGUAGACUAGACUAAGGUCUUACUGGUAGGACAGGCACCCCAGUGACAGAGAAAGGUUUGUAGGGAGGGAGACUAGUAUCUGGAUCCUGGAUCUUAAAUGUUCUUUCAUACAUGUUUAUCUCGUAUACAUGGAGUCCUUCUAGUCUAUUUGUCUUCUAUAUUCAGUGGGACAUGUUCACCAAUGUAGCCAUGUGUCUAUGUAAUCUCUCCUUCUAAGUCUGUACUCGUAUGCAAGUCUUCUUUCACUCGGGGCUUUCUGUCACCUGUCUGAAGUUUUGUGCUGUUAACUUUUCCAAAGCCUGCCGAGUCAGUGUGUUUGUCCUUCACAGUGUAGGCAAAGCCCAGGUUCAGAGUCUAAGUCUCUAUUGAUCUAUGACAAUGUGUUUAUGCUGCUAAAUCUAUUCAAGAGAAUGCUAACGGAGGUAACGCUAGAUUUAUUUGACCAUUGUUAAAGAUGUAGCAUUCUCGUUCUGCUUUUUACUUGUACAGUCAUGACCAAAAGUUUUGAGAAUGACACAAAUAUUAAUUUCCACCACGUUUGCUGCUUCAGUGUCUUUAGAUAUUUUUGUCAGAUGUUACACUGAAGCAUAAUUACAAGCAUUUCAUAAGUGUCAAAGGCUUUUAUUGACAAUUACAUGAAGUUGAUGCAAAGAGUCAAUAUUUGCAGUGUUGACCCUUCUUUUUCAAGACCUCUGCAAUCCACCCUGGCAUGCUGUCAAUUAACUUCUGGGCCACAUCCUGACUGAUGGCAGCCCAUUCUUGCAUAAUCAAUGCUUGGAGUUUGUCAGAAUUUGUGUGUUUUUGUUUGUCCACACGCCUCUUGCGGAUUGACCGCAAGCUCUCAAUGGGAUUAAGGUCUGGGGAGUUUCCUGGCCAUGGACCCAAAAUAGAUGUUUUGUUCCCCGAGCCACUUAGUUAUCACCUUUGCUUCAUGGCAAGGUGCUCUAUCAUGCUGGAAAAGGCAUUGUUUGUCACCAAACUGUACCUGGAUGGUUGGGAGAAGUUGCUCUCGGAGGAUGUGUUGGUACCAUUCUUUAUUCAUGGCUGUGUUCUUAGGCAAAAUUGUGAGGGGCCCACUCCUUUGGCUGAGAAGCAACCCCACACAUGAACGGUCUUAGGAUGCUUUACUGUUGGCAUGACACAGGACUGAUGGUAGCGCUCACCUUGUAUUCUCCGGACAAUUUUUUCCGGCUGCCCCAAACAAUCGGAAAGUGGAUUCAUCAGAGAAAACGACUUUACCCCAGUCCUCAGCAGUCCAAUCCCUGUACCUUUUGCAGAAUAUCAGUCUGUCCCUGAUGUUUUUCCUGGAGAGAAGUGGCUUCUUUGCUGCCCUUCUUGACACCAGGCCAUCCUCAAAGUCUUCGCCUCACUGUGCGUGCAGAUGCACUGUACUGGUGGUGCCCCGAUCCCGCAGCUGAAUCAACUUUAGGAGACGGUCCUGGCGCUUGCUGGACUUUCUUGGGCGCCCUGAAGCCUUCUUCACAACAAUUGAACCGCUCUCCUUGAAGUUCUUGAUGAUCUGAUAAAUGGUUGAUUUAGGUGCAAUCUUACUUGCAGCAAUAUCCUUGCCUGUGAAGCCCUUUUUUGUGCAAAGCAAUGAUGACGGCACGUGUUUCCUUGCAGGUAAACAUGGAUGACCGAGGAAGAACAAUGAUUCCAAGCACCACCCUCCUUUUGAAGCUUCCAGUCUGUUAUUCGAACUCAAUCAGCAUGACCGAGUGAUCUCUAGCCUUGUCCUCAUCAACACUCACACCUUUUUCCUUUUUUUUAAACCCCUUUUUUCUCCCCAAUUUUGUGGUAUCCAAUUGGUAGUAGUUAGUUGUCUCAUCGCUGCAACUCCCGUACGGACUCAGGAGAGGCGAAGGUCGAGAGCCAUGCGUCCUCUGAAACACAACCCAAACUAGCCGCACUGCUUCUUGACACAAUGCACAUCCAACCUGGAAGCCAGCCGCACCAAUGUGUCAGAGGAAACGCUGUACACCUGGCGACCUGUUCAGCGUGCACUGCGCCCAGCCCACCACAGGAGUCGCUAGUGCGCGAUAAGACCAGGAUAUCCCUGCCGGCCAAACCCUCCCUAACCCAGACGACGCUGGGCCAAUUGUGCGUCACCCCAUGGGCCUCCCGGUCACUCACACCUGUGUUAAUGAGAGAAUCACUGACAUGAUGUCAGCUGAUCCUUUUGUGGCAGGGCUGAAAUGCAAUGGAAAUGUUUUUGGGGGAUUCAGUUCAUUUGCAUGGCAAAGAGGGACUUUACAAUUAAUUGCAUUUCAUCUGAUCACUCUUCAUAACAUUCUGGAGUAUAUGCAAAUUGCCAUCAUAGAAACUGAGGCAGCAGACUUUAAAAAUUAAUGUAAUUCUCAACUUUUGGCCACGACUGUACUCUUGGUCUCUGACUUGUUUGUUAUACUGUAUUUUUGUAUCUAUGGACAAUGACAGCAUGAUGCCAGUGUAAUGCUUUCUCAGCCCACACAUCUACUUCACACCCUCACUCUCAACACUGAGGUGAGAUGAGCACUCAAAGAAAAUAGUUAGUGAGACUUGUUCCGGCCUUAAUGCUAGGAUACUGCCAGUGCACAGGGGGAGAGAGAGACCCCACCAUCGCUGACUGGUAGCAUGGCAGUACAUCAGCCCUACUUUACCGUACCCUGUACUGUUACUGAAUGAUGCUUGUGUUUUGACAUGCUGCAGUGUUUGGUGUCGGUGUGCCUCAGCUGAAACAUGGGGACCACACUCCCUGACAGAUGUACUAGAAAACCGUAGUCUCAAAAUGAGAAUAGGAGUCUAUUUGCUAUUUAUUUGAUAAAGUGAAGUAUUUGAA